AUGAAGGCGCUUAUUCUCGUCGGAGGAUUCGGAACUCGAUUGAGGCCUCUUACCUUCAGCAUGCCGAAACCCCUCGUUGAUUUCGGAAACAAACCCAUGAUCCUGCAUCAGAUCGAAGCUCUGAAAGCUGCUGGGGUCACGGAACUUGUAUUAGCAAUCAAUCACCAACAACCAGAGGUUAUGCUGAACUUUAUGAAAGAAUAUGAGAAGAAGCUUGAUAUUAAGAUUACGUUUUCACAAGAGACCGAACCUCUCGGGACAGCUGGGCCUCUCGCGUUGGCUCGGGAUAAGCUCGUUGAUGACUCAGGCGAACCCUUUUUCGUGCUUAACAACGAUGUCAUCUGCGAGUAUCCGUUGCUUGAGAUGAUCCAGUUUCACAAAACUCAUGGCGCUGAAGCUUCAAUCAUGGUGACCAAGGUUGAUGAUCCUUCAAAGUAUGGCGUGGUGGUUAUGGAGGAAGGAGCUACAGAGAGAGUGGAGAGCUUUGUGGAGAAACCUUUACAUUUCGUGGGGAACAAGAUCAACGCUGGGAUCUACCUCUUGAACCCAUCUGUUCUCGACAGGAUUGAGCUGAGAAGGACGUCGAUAGAGAAAGAGAUAUUCCCUAAGAUAGCCUCAGAGAAGAAGCUUUACGCGAUGGUGCUUCCUGGUUUCUGGAUGGACAUUGGCCAGCCUAAAGAUUACAUCGCCGGGCAAAGAAUGUAUCUUGAUUUCCUCCGGAGGAAAGCGCCGCAGGAGCUGGUGACAGGGGAUCAUGUGAUUGGGAAUGUUCUGGUGGAUGAAACAGCGGUUAUAGGAGAAGGUUGUUUGAUCGGUCCUGAUGUUGUGAUUGGUCCGAGAUGUGUGAUUUACUCGGGUGUGAGACUCUUGGGGUGUACUGUGAUGCGCGGUGUUUGCAUCAAGGAACAUGCUUGCGUCUCUAAUAGCAUCGUCGGAUGGGACUCCACCGUUGGGAAGUGGGCUCGGGUGGUUAACGUGACGGUUCUUGGCAAGGAUGUUCACGUCGGCGAUGCAGAGGUUUACAACUCGGGGACUGUUAUCGAAGAGCAAGCGUCUGUCAGACCAGAGAUGGUGGUCGUAUGA